AGGCAACCAAGAACAAACUGAUGUCAGAGGAGUGCACAUGUCUUGCCGGAUGCCUGCUUUCUUCCUCUUGGAACUCCUUUCUUUUAUUGUUUGGAGCACAGAGGGGCUGCUGAAAUGGAGAAUCUUAAGACUGAUACUGAAAUGCCCUAUCCUGAGGUAAUAGUAGAUGUGGGCAGAGUGAUUUUUGGAGAAGAAAACAGGAAGAAGAUGACCAACAGCUGUUUGAAAAGAUCUGAGAAUUCUAGAAUUAUCCGGGCUAUAUGUGCACUGUUAAAUUCUGGAGGUGGUGUGAUCAAAGCAGAGAUUGAUGAUAAAACCUAUAGUUACCAAUGCCAUGGGCUGGGACAGGAUUUGGAAACUUCUUUUCAAAAGCUCCUUCCUUCAGGUUCACAGAAAUAUCUUGACUACAUGCAGCAGGGGCACAAUCUCCUGAUUUUUGUGAAGUCAUGGAGCCCAGAUGUUUUCAGCCUUCCACUAAGGAUUUGCAGCUUGCGCUCCAAUUUAUAUCAGAGAGAUGUGACUUCUGCCAUCAACUUGAGUGCUAGCAGUGCCCUGGAGCUUCUCAGAGAGAAGGGGUUUAGAGCCCAAAGACGAAGACCAAGGGUGAAGAAGUUGCAUCCUCAGCAGGUUCUCAAUAGAUACAUUCAGGAAGAGGAAAAUAUGAGGAUAUUGGCUUCAGAAUUUUUUAAAAAGGACAAACUCAUGUAUAAGGAGAAACUCAACUUUACCGAGUCAACACAUGUCGAAUUUAAAAGGUUCACCACCAAAAAAGUCAUACCUCGGAUUAAAGAAAUGCUGCCUCAUUAUGUUUCUGCAUUUGCCAACACUCAAGGGGGAUAUGUCCUCAUUGGGGUGGAUGAUAAGAGCAAAGAAGUGGUUGGAUGUAAGUGGGAAAAAGUGAAUCCUGACUUAUUAAAAAAAGAAAUCGAAAACUGCAUAGAAAAACUGCCUACAUUCCACUUCUGCUGUGAGAAGCCAAAGGUAAAUUUCACUACAAAAAUCCUGAAUGUGUACCAAAAAGAUGUCCUGGAUGGUUAUGUCUGUGUGAUUCAAGUGGAGCCCUUCUGUUGCGUGGUGUUUGCAGAGGCCCCAGAUUCCUGGAUCAUGAAAGACAAUUCUGUCACACGGCUGACAGCUGAGCAGUGGGUGGUCAUGAUGCUGGAUACUCAGUCAGCUCCUUCCAGUUUGGGCACAGACUACAACUCUUGCCUGAUUUCAUCAGCUUCAUCUGCACGGAAAAGUCCCGGAUAUCCCAUAAAAGUCCACGAAUUUAAGGAGGCUCUGCAACGACAUUUGUUUCCAGUGACACAGGAAGAGGUACAAUUUAAACCAGAAUCCCUCUGUAAGAAGCUGUUCUCAGAUCAUAAAGAACUGGAGGGUUUAAUGAAGACCCUGAUACAUCCUUGUUCUCAGGGGAUUGUGAUAUUUUCUAGAAGCUGGGCUGGUGAUGUUGGCUUCAGGAAAGAACAGAAUGUCCUGUGUGAUGCUCUCCUAAUAGCAGUUAACAGCCCCGUGGUACUCUAUACAAUCUUAAUAGACCCCGAUUGGCCUGGAGGACUUGAAUAUGCCCGAAACACAGCUCAUCAGUUAAAGCAGAAACUGCAAACUGUUGGUGGUUACACAGGGAAAGUGUGCAUCAUUCCAAGGCUGAUACACCUGACCAGCACACAGAGUAGACCUGGUGAGAUCCCCCUGCGUUACCCCAGGUCCUACAGGCUUGCCGAUGAGGAGGAAAUGGAAGACUUGCUGCAGGCUCUGGUGGUGGUCUCCCUGUCCUCCAGAUCUCUUCUGAGUGACCAGCUGGGCUGUGAAUUUUUCAACUUGCUCAUAAUGGAGCAGAGCCAGUUGCUUUCUGAGAGUCUUCAGAAGACGCGUGAAUUAUUCAUCUACUGCUUUCCAGGAGUCAGGAAGACAGCCCUAGCCAUAAAGAUCAUGGAGAAAAUUAAAGACUUGUUUCACUGCAAACCAAAAGAGAUCCUCUAUGUUUGUGAAAGCGAUUUCCUAAAGGAUUUUGUGACCCAACAAACCACCUGCCAAGCUGUGACCCGGAAAACUUUCAUGCAAGGGGACUUUCUAAAGAUUAAACACAUAGUGAUGGAUGAGACUGAGAAUUUCUGCAGCAAAUAUGGCAAUUGGUACAUGAAGGCUAAGAACAUCACCCAUCCAAAGGCGAAGGGGGCUGGAAGUGAAAACCUUCACCGUGGGAUUCUCUGGUUUUUUCUUGACCCUUUUCAAAUCCAUCAUGCAGAUGUCAAUGGCCUUCCCCCUCCAUCUGCUCAGUUUCCUCGAAAAACAAUCACCAGUGGGAUCCACUGUGCUCUGGAAAUAGCGAAGGUUAUGAAAGAAGAAAUGAAGAGGAUCAAAGAAAAUCCUCCCUCCAACAUGUCUCCAGACACAUUAGCGUUGUUCAGGGAGACUGCCUAUGAGGAGGCAAUGUGUGCCCAGGCUCUGCCUGGGGUGUGUGAGACAAAGACUAAUCUGACAACAGAACAAAUAGCUAACUAUGUGGCAAGAAAAUGUCACAGCCUGUUCCAGUGUGGCUAUCUGCCCAAAGAUAUAGCAAUUCUGUGCAGGAGAGGGGAGGACAGAGAACGCUAUAAGCUUGCACUGCUAAAAGCAAUGGAAUUAAUUGAGACCCACAGACCAUCAGAGGUUGUGUUUAGCCCGGCCACUGGUGUUUGGGGAAGCCACAUUGUUUUAGACAGCAUUCAGCAAUUUUCAGGCCUGGAGAGGACUAUCGUGUUUGGGCUUAGUCCAGAAUGUGACCAGUCAGAGGAAUUUCAUAAGCUCUGCUUUGCUUCAAGAGCCAUUAAACACCUCUACCUGCUUUAUGAAAAGAGGGCAGCCUUCUGA